CAUGUGUGUGUGUGUGUGUGUGAUAUCAGAGAGGAAAGCGAAAGUAUUUCCUGUCUUGCUUUCUCUUUCAUUUUGAGCCUGCACACACUUUCGAGUGCACAUUUUAACACACACUCUUCAGUCUCAGACGAACCAUGGAGCAGAAGGAGAGUCCGAUGCGUCUGAGAGAAUGGCUGAUCGCACAGAUCGACAGCGGCAACUACGCAGGACUGAGCUGGGAGAACGAGGAGAAAACCUUAUUUAAAAUCCCGUGGAAACAUGCAGCUAAGCAGGACUACAGGCAGAACGAGGACGCUGCGCUCUUUAAGGCAUGGGCGGUGUAUAAGGGGAAGUACCGUGAGGGUCGUGAUAGAGCCGACCCCUCAGCGUGGAAGACUCGGCUACGCUGCGCCCUCAACAAGAGCUCUGAGUUCCAGGAAGUUUCUGAACGCAGCCAACUGGACAUCUCUGAACCAUACAAGGUGUACAGGAUAGUGGAGGAUACACACACAAACACAGAAUCUGCUGCAAGUUCAAUAAAGGGUAAAACAUCCACUGAAAUUCAUGGCCAGGCUGUGUUACACGACAACUCAAAUAACAGCAGGGUAUCAGGAGAGAGACCAGCAGAGACCAGGUUAGAAUUCUACACCAAUAACAAUGUUGGCACUUAUGACAGACCUGCGAAUGUUUCUGUCACUCUGCUAACAACAUGGUGUCCCAUUUCAGACUUCCGGCUCCUCGUGUAUGUGUUCUAUCAUGGUAAGCUGGUUCACAAACUGAUCACCACAUCACCAGAGGGGUGUUUUAUCCUGCAGGGCUCGGCGCCGGUAGGGAACGAGAGGAUUUACGGGCCGUGUGGAGCUCACACGCUGUCCUUCCCUCGGCUGGACGCUCUGUUGCUCCCGCCGGGCAUCGCAGAGGCCAUGAGCCGCCUGCUGCCCCACCUGGAGAAAGGAGUGUUAGUGUGGGUCGCCCCUGACGGAGUCUUCAUCAAACGCUUCUGUCAGGGACGAGUGUACUGGGACGGGCCGCUCGCCCAACACACACACCAACCCAACAAACUGGAGAGAGAAAAGACCUGCAAACUGCUCGAUAUCAACUCCUUCCUGCAGGAGUUACACCAGCACCUGCAGGCAGGGGGUCCGAGGCCUCGCUAUGAGAUUGACCUGUGCUUUGGAGAGGAGUUUCCUGACAAUAACCAACCCAGGAGCAAAAAACUCAUUACAGCACAGGUGGUGCCCCUGUUUGCUAAGGAGCUGCUUGAGGGUCUCCAGAAGCAUGAUUCUGAACUGAAUCUCAGUCUGAAAUCAGAAGCACAGAAAUGAAAUCCACUCCUCUAUCUAUCCCUCCCUCCAUUCCUCCACCCAUCCAUCCAACCCCCCCCCCCCCCACCCCACUGUAUAUAAAACACAGCCUACCGGCUGCACAUCAAAGAUAUUUUUUCUUGUAACAUUUUUUUUAUCUUGUUGCAACCUUUGAGCAGUUAAUCAUUCAUAAUAAAAAAGAAUGAAAAUAACAUCAUUUACCGCGUUACCUCAGAAGCAGCCAUACUCGCACCAUGCUAUGCUAAAUGUAGCAUACUAUCAGUAAUUUAUAGAUUUUACCAGCGUCAAUGAGCAUAAACAAACACAGUUACCAGCAGUCAUAUUUCCUCAAAUAGCUAACAAGCAAUUAGCAUUUUGCUAAUAACAAUUGCUAUUUAUCUGCUAUUUGUAGCCUGUGUUGCAUGUUUGGACAGUGCUCCUUCAAAAUAAUAUUUCACUUACCAAUAUAAAAUAACUUUAACGAUUAAACAUGAAUAUAAAUAUAUUAUUAAUAUAAACAAUUUAAUAGAUAUUUAAUAUUAUUAAUACUAUUUAAUUCUUUUUUUUUACUUUACUAUAAGGGAUGAAAAUGAAAUGCUAUGAAUUACUUUGUACCAAGUUUUGUUAAAAAAAAAAAGAAAAACAUGCUAACAUGGCUUCACUGAGCGAGUAUACUAGUGAAAGCAUGCUAAUUGUGAGGACUAGCUUUGAUUGAAUGCCAAUUAUGUUAGCUACAUUAAUUUUUAAAGGAGCGCUUGAUUUAGCAAUAAAAAUGCUAAUGCUGCUAAAGCAAAAAGUACACAUAUACUAUUAUGCUAAUCGCUGACAAUACAUAUAUAUGUAUAUAUACAUAAAUGAAAAAAACUACUAGCUUCCAUUUAUUGCUGGCCAUGUUAGCAUGUUAGCUUUUCUGAGGAAAGUCACUUUUGUUUUUUUUUUGCUUUUUGCAGAACAUAUUGCUUGACUUUCUCAGAGAAACCUGUGAAUAUUUUAAUGUCAAUGUUGAAUACUGAAUAUAAAAGUUUAAAAUGAUUUAGCUUUGUUAUGUUGCAGGACUUAACUUCACAUAUUUAAAUUAUUAUCUAACAUUGUAAAAGAAAUAGGAGACAGUUUGUGCUAGGUGAAGCUUGUGCUCACUGUCGCUUGUUGUACUAGCGUACCUGUUCAUGUCGCAUACCUGUUUGGAACUAGAAUACCUGUUAAACCUACAUAGCUAAUGCAAAGUUAAAACACUGUAACCGCUUACCUGUUAUUUCUGAAAGAAUAUGUGAAGUAAAAUGUCGUAGAACGAACGAAAGGAAACAUCGUAAAAAUUACCGUCAACCUUAUAGUAAUUAAUUUUGACUAGUUGUUGUGGGAAUUUUGGAACUUUUCAGUCAGCUAUUCUUGAGGUAGUUACCAUUUCAUAUUAGGAAUAUAAACACAGCUAGCACUAGCUAAAAUAAGCUACAGCGUUGUUUAGUAAACAAACAAAAUGCAUACAAUGUGGUAUAAACGCAGUGUUGAAUUAGCAUGAUGCUAACUGUAUGAGUCUCUGUUCAGGUAUCACACUUUUGUAGCAGUUGUGUCUCAAGUCGUUAAGAUGCUGCGUUUCUUUCUUAUUUUCUUUCUUUCAGCUUCAGAAUGUACUCUUGAUUGUGUUUUUGUUUGUUAGUUUUCCUGUAAAUCAUAAUGUGUAAACUAAAAAACUGUGAAAAAUC